AUGGUAACUUCGAAAACAGAAGUUCCAACCUUUACAUUCCACCAAAUGGGCAAUCUAAUGAUCAAGUUGAAGCAGUUAACGGUGAAUUUUUCAUUCUUAGAUGCUGUAAAAGAGAUGCCCGAAUUUGCUAAGUUCGUGAAAGACCUUCUUACAAAGAAGAGGUCUAUUCAACAUGAGACAGUGAAUCUAACUCAUCACGUGAGUUCGAUUAUUGCUUCCACCAUAGUUCAAAAAAAGGGAGAUCCAGGGGCAUUUACUAUUCCGUUUAAUAUUGCACAUCAUGCUGUCGCUUGUGCUUUGUGUGAUAAUGGGGCGAGUAUCAAUCUAAUGCCUCUUGUUAUUUACAAGCAAUCCGGAUUAGGAAUACCUAGACCGACUUUUAUGCAAUUACAAAUGGCGGAUAGAUCCAUCAAGAGGCCAGUUUGGGUUGUAGAUGAUGUGUUGGUAUAA